AUGAUACAAUUUAUUAGCCGAGAUAGUUCAAUAAAUGCACCACCGAGUUUUCGACCAGCUAAAAAGUAUUCAGAUAUAUCUGGAUUACAGGCAAAGUAUACAGAUCCACAAACAAAAUUGUACUAUGCGACUGCUGAAGAAUUUGCAACAGUACGAAGUUUACCAAUGGAUAUUACUGCUGGGUAUUUAGCACUAAGAGGAGCUUCUAGUAUAGUUGGUUAA